UUUACUUUGGCAGUUGAACAACAUGGAUGCACAUUUACUUAUCUUUAGUGUAUUCUUACUUGGAGCAAAGGGACUUCUAAUUAACCGAAAUCAGACUCAUCAACCAAGUGUUUCAGAGAGAUUGGAUGCUCUGGAGAAGCAGCUAGCAGAGGAGAAAAGACAAAGGUAUCUGCUACAAAUAAAAUACGAUCAAGAAAUCGAACAAAUGAAUUCAACAGACCAGAAACUGCUCCAAGUUUACAAAAGGGCUCCGAAACAAUUCCAAGAUAUUUCAAUUCAAAUUAAGGGUGCUUUAUUGAGCAUUAAUAACCUAGACAACAGGCACAGUCUGGAAAUACAAGAAGUGCUAGGAAAACUGAGAGAAGUACAGACAUCAUUAAGUGAUUUGGCAUCAAACCAAUCUGAUAUCAUCAACCUUCAGCGACACUUCCAAGAAAAGGAAAAUGUUUACAAUAGUAUGAUAGAUACUCUAAAACGCAACGAAACCUCCAAUAACGAGAAACUUACCAAACUGCAGUCAAGUCUAACCAGUCUUGCGAACACCGUUAGGACUUUAGAAUCUACGGUGAAUGCAAACACAAAUAAACAGACCAUCCUGCAAACACAACUCCAAGGAAUUACGAAUCCCAUAGUUUUUCUUGCUGCUCCAUUAAAACCAGUUAGUUGGUGGUUCAAUGUCCCGUCAGUUUUCGAAAACACCGCAGUCAAAUUUCCGUCCGUAAAGAUAAAUGUAGGAGGAGGUUACAACAGUAACACCGGAGUGUUCACUUCAUCAUUGCAUCAUCGCAUAAUCGUUUUAUUGCGCCAUCGACCCAAAUCUCGAUGGCACGAUGGAGCCACAGUAAACUAA